AUGUUGGGUUUUGUUAAAGUUGUCAAGAACAAGGCCUACUUCAAGAGAUAUCAAGUGAAAUUUAGAAGACGACGAGAGGGCAAAACCGAUUACUAUGCUCGAAAACGCUUGGUAAUUCAGGAUAAAAAUAAAUACAACACACCCAAAUACAGGAUGAUUGUUCGUGUAACCAACAGAGAUAUCAUUUGCCAGAUUGCUUAUGCCCGUAUAGAAGGAGAUAUGAUUGUCUGUGCAGCAUAUGCUCACGAACUCCCGAAGUAUGGUGUGAAAGUUGGCCUUUUGGAUGCAGGCCUUGCCAGAACUACUACUGGAAAUAAAGUUUUUGGGGCCCUGAAGGGUGCUGUGGAUGGAGGCUUGUCUAUCCCUCACAGUACCAAGCGCUUCCCUGGGUAUGAUUCAGAAAGCAAGGAAUUCAAUGUGGAAGUAUAUCGGAAACACAUUAUGGGUCAGAAUGUUGCAGAUUAUAUGCGUUACCUAAUGGAAGAAGAUGAAGAUGCUUACAAGAAACAGUUCUCUCAAUACAUAAAGAACAACGUAACUCCAGACAUGAUGGAGGAGAUGUAUAAGAAAGCACAUACUGCUAUCCGUGAGAAUCCUGUUUAUGAGAAGAAGCCUAAGAAAGAUGUUAAAAAGAAGAGGUGGAAUCGUCCCAAAAUGUCUCUUGCCCAGAAGAAAGAUCGGGUAGCUCAGAAGAAGGCAAGCUUUCUCAGAGCUCAGGAGCGGGUUGCCGAGAGCUAA